GAGAGAGAGAGGUGAAUACCUGAGACCACUGAUAUACUAGCACUCUGUUUACUUCCUGUCUCCUACGAAGAACACUAGCAGAAGUCUUCUGUUUAGGUAUUUACACAGUCGUGCUUCUUUCAAGGAGUCUCAGAGAGUGAAGUUUAACACGUGUAUCUGCUUCUGGUGGACAGAUUGGCAAAUGGAGACCAGAAAACUGAAAAGAGAUGUUGAAGCAUUACUUGGUGAUUACAUUGGCCAGCGACUAAGAGAAAAUGGAUUUGACCCCAAAGGGAAAGGAGCAUCUACCAUGUUGGAUGACCUUGCCCAUUAUGAUUUGGCUAUUAGUGUCGCGCUGUGGUGGCUGAAUAAGGAGGAUGGCAAAGAUCUCCUGGAAAAUUUUAUGAUAAGCCCUGGAGACAUACAGUAUCCCAACCACAAGGAGAGAGAAGCCAUGAUCCUCUCCUCCUUUGCUGGCCUGAUCAUGAACAGCCUGCCAGUAGAGGACAUCUUGUCUCUGUACAGCUGCAAGCCGGUUGCUGCUUAUCCUCAAAAUCUAACGAAGAGUGCCAUUGUUCACCCCUUCAGCUUGUCUUACCAUCCAUUUGCCAUGCUCGGCUCCUAUAAGGCAGUGGAUCGGUCACGCAAACACACUGAAAGGCUGAAACGUUGGAAGUCCAUCCACUGCAAACCUGAGCAACCGCCAGCACUGCCAUCACCUUCAAGCUCCUCUGAAUCCUCUUUCUCAGACAGUGGGGAUUCCUUAACUGAGAAGACAGAGAAUUAUGAGGGGUCCCAAGAAUCUCUUCAGGACUGAAAAUGGGAAUAUAUACAGCUGCCGUUGGUACUUAACAGCAAAAUAAGCAAAGGCGGAAACUCAAGAUAUGGAGCAAAACUAAUCAAUUUUCCAACAGGAAAAAUAAUGUUUCCAGAUUUGUUUCAGACAUUCAUCUACUUUUAACAGGGUGAAAAGGCAGCAGGGUCUGAAUUCCCUUAGCUCCUGGUGUGCUUUAACUGUUUUAAUACAAUUCUACUUACAAUUAGGACUGAGACCUAAUUACUUGGUAUUGCUUUAAAGGCUGUUGAUUUGUGCAAUAUUUUGCAGUGCCCAUGUGGUGAAAUUAGGAUUUGUGAGGAAAGGCAUGCUGUCCAUCAUCAUAAAAUAUUCAUACAUAUUGCAUUACACUUAGCUGACCCUUUUAUCCAAAGCGACUUACAGGGUACUGGCAGCAGUCCCUUGAGAAGUGUAGGGUUAGAUACCUUGCCCAAGGGCACUUCAGCCAUGAAAGAGAUAAGGGUUUGAUUUUAACCUGCAACCAUCUGAUCUUAAGACCAUCUCCCUAACCAUUGGGCCAUGUCUGAUACUGACAAUUAAUGGUUUGUCUGAUGUAUGUAUCGGAUGUUUUGACCCCAGUAUGGCAGGGGGAAGCAAAUUUGUUAAUCAAAGGAUGGCAGAGGAAGACUGGGUGUACGGAAGCUAGUCAGUUAGCAUACUCAUUCUGAAGGACAUCCCUGCAAUGUUAUGCAUAUGCUUUGAUUAGCACAUAUCAGUAGUAUUAUUUCCUCACAAAUCGUUUAUUUUUGCAUGCAUCACACUGCAAAACAGCAAAAUGAAACCGGGUAUGGUGCCUUUAGUGCAUUUUCUACGCUUGUGUUCUACAGUGUGCUAACAUCAAACAUGAAGAGGAUCUGUAUCACAUCUUAGACCUAGACAUAUUUUGUUUGUUUCACUUUCUGACCAUACUUCUUAACAUGUUUCAUUCUUUUAUUGUGUAUUUAUUGUAGGUUCUGGUGCAGCUGUAGCUUUUCACAAAGUGUCCUCAAAAGUGUUGAGCUCUUUAAUAAAUCUAUGAAAAAUGGUA